AAUGAAAUAGCUUUCUGCUGCCAUUACAUGUUUGUCUCACGAUAGUAUUUAAACCAGAUUUUAAAAGAUUUGUGGUGAACAGCUAAAUGAAUGUUGUUGUACUGUAAAGAAUAAAAAUGUACCAUUUUAAAAGUGCUGUGAAUUUGAGAAUCAAGUGAAAAUGAAAUCUGGUGUUUCACUGGCCAGAAUUAAAAUCUUAUUUUCAAAAUGUCACGUGUUGAAGCUAAAAAGCCUUCAUUAUGUAUUACUGAACCUUUAACUAAAGAUGUAGUUCAUCAGUCACUGUCUGUGCUAAGUGGUGCAUUGAAAUCUUGCUACGGCCCUGCUGGUAGGCUUAAACAGCUCCACAAUGGUAUGGGAGGCUAUGUUUGUACAACUUCACAAUCUUCAGCUGUACUCCGUUGUCUUCCUGUCAGUCAUCCUAUAUUAAAGGUUUUGACAGCCUCUGUACAGAAUCAUAUAUCGCGCUUCAGUGACUGUGGCUUAUUUACUGCCAUUCUUUGCUGUAGCUUGAUUGAAAACUUUAAAAGCAUAAACUUCUUGUCUUGUACUGUUAUUAAAAUAAGCAAACAUCUUCUGAACUUAUGUACUGACUACCUCAGAUCUGAGGCCUGUGGUUGUCGAGUAUCUGUGGAUUUUAGCAAUCUUGACACUCUUUUUUGUUUGGUGCGUAGCGUAUUAACAAGCAAACCUGCUUGCAUGCUUAGUAAAACAGAAGUCGAUCAUCUCACCAUGCUGAUUGUAAAGGCUUUUUUGCUCACUGUUCCAUGUCAUGUUGAAACUAAUGCUGUUUUAGGAAAGUGUAUAAUAGUGCCUGUGAAAGGUAGAAGAGUUGUGGAUUCUACGGUUUUUCCUGGACUACUGCUAGAAACACCAGAAAAUCAAUUGGCAAAACCACUAUCUGUCAAAAGAACUUCUUCAAACGUUAUCAAGAUAGCACUUUUUUGUGUGUCUAUGUCAGGAGACCUUUUCAACCCAGAAGAAGGAAGUAUAACAGUUCAUCACAGAAUUUCUCUAGAAAUGUCAGAACUGGAUCAGUUACUUAAUGUAGGAAAGCAGCUGGUUAAUGAUGAGAUUGGCCUUGUAGUGUGCCAGAAAGUUAUCCAUCCAUCCUUGAAACAGUAUCUGAAAGAGAAUCAUGUUGUUGCUGUAGACAGAGCUGGACUGUCUGUGAUGGAGCCCCUGAGUCAAAUGACAGGUUCAAAGCCGAUAGCUUCCAUAUAUUCUUUCUCUCCCAGUUGUUAUGGCAGUUUGAAGGAUGUGUGCACUGAGAGUUUUGCUUCAAAAUGUUUUGUGCAUCUAAUUCCUAAUGACACAGUUGUCUGCAACUUGAUGCUCUGUAACAGAAAUGAAACCACAUGGGAUGAAUUGAAGCGUGCCUAUGAAACUGCAGAGCAUGUGCUACAGUUAACACUCAAGGAACCCUUGGCACUGUUAGGAGGUGGCUGUACAGAAACUCACUUGGCUUCCUACAUAAGACACAAGAGUUAUAAUCUGUCGACUAGCAGUUUUAAAGCUAUAGAUUGUUCUCAGACGCAAUACCAAUUGGUUGCCGAUGCCUUUUGCCGCUCACUGGAGUCUGUAGCUUGCUCUCUGAACCAUGAUGAUGGAGACAUUUUUACAGACAUGGUUUAUGGACACUGUUGGCUUGUUCCAUCAGGUUUUUCUUCUGUCUCUAGCUGGUCAGAUUUAGUUUUAAAAUGUGGCUGCGGGAUUAACAAUAACACUCAGAAUCUCAAUUGGAGGGUUUUGCAAAGCCAGUUUAGCUCUCCUGUUCUACAGAGCUGCCCUAAAGAGCCUUCAGUAAAAGCUACUGACUUUCUGACACUGGACUGUUUUGCUGCAAAAUGUAGUGGCUUACAAGUAGCUGUGGAGACAGCCAGUCUGAUUUUAGAUCUUUCAUGCAUAAUUGAAGAUCAAAAUUAGUUCUGUUCUUAUGUGAAUUGUAUUGCACAGCAAGCUACUUACUUGAAAGCAGAGUAAUAUAUAACAUGUUACGAUACACUUAGUAAUCAGAGUAUGGACAACAGACAAAUUUUAAAUCAAACACUGCUGGCCAUUAAUUAACUUUCUGAUUCUUAAUCUACUGUGCUUUCUGGCCUUUUCAAAUAUUUUUUUGUUAGAAACUGCUACAUGAUUAGCCAAGUAUACACCGAAUCAUAGUAACAUGUGACUUAGAGUAUUCAAAGUAGUGUAUUCAGACUAGUGAAUGACACUUCAAAAGUUAUGAAUUUUUUUGCAUGCUUGCAGGAGAUGUGAAUGUGCUCUUUCAAUAUAUUUAGUGCUGAAUUUAAGGUGACCCACUUGAUGUUCUUCAUGUAUUAUGCAAGUGUUGAAUGUCUGUUAGCUCUGGUCUCUUCUGAGAAAUGUGGAAAAUUUUACUGAGUUGAUGAGAAAAUGAGCUGAUGAGAAAAUGUGUAUGUUGUAGAUUAGACUUUAUGUAGCCUCAACAAAAGCUUUAUGCACUCAGAUGGACUAUUGUAUUGCAGCAAGAUAUUUAUCAUUGGUAGUUUUAAUUUUGUCAGUAAAAACUGAGUGAAGGCUUUCCUUAGCAAAUACCUUGAGCCAUCUUAUUUUCAAAUUUUGUUUUGAAGAUCUUCUCACCAUAUACAUUUCCUGUUUCUAAAUUACUGCAAGAUUUUCAAAUCAUAUAAGUAACGUAUUUAGCAAGGUACUAAAAUUAAACCUCAAGAUCUUAAGGUAGCAGGUAGUGGAAGACUUGAAAAGAAAUGGCAGACUGAGUGGGAGGGGGGGAGACUUUUGUACAGUGGAACUUUAUUGUAUUCUGUGGAACACAGAACAGUUUGUAAAUAACGAUGUCCUUAUCAUCUUAAGCAACGGUGCAAGUAAGAAUGUUCCACUUACCAUUCAGUUAACUCCUUGACUGCACAUAACUUCUUUUCUUUUAAUGAAGUAAGGCUUUAAGCUGCUACAGCUUGUUUUGGUCUUUAAAUAGAGCUGUAAACUGAGUGAUUGAAACUUACCUUUUUUCAUUUCAGCUUGCAUGCAAGAUCAAAAGGGAUGUUACAGUUUCUUGCUUAAAUUCAUUUUCUUUACCUCUUUUCUUCUCUCUCUUUGUUUUCACGCACCAAGGAUCAAGUUGUUGAUGACAUGGCUUUCCCCAAAGUAACUGAGUUACUUGCAGACUAGUCUGCUUAUUUGUUUCCUGGUCUCCUAAGCUUUUAAUAUAUGUACUGAAUUUCAAUAGUGAAAUUGUUUUGUAUAACUCAAUUUUGAAAUAUGUAAUUAAAAAUAGAAUUUUUCAGA